AUGAUAACCGGGCCUAUUCUAAAACUAAAACAUACUUUUACUCCAGUACUUGUUAGAAAUAAACGCCACUUCUCGGAUUCUACCUUUUUCGGCAGUUUCUCGGAAAAAUGGUGGAAUAUUGAUGGUGAAUUUUCAAUACUCCAUGAUUAUAACCAGGUUAGAGUGCCUUUUAUUGCAGAAUCUUAUCUUUUGUCUGGAAAUGAUUCAUACAAAGACACCUGUUGUAACAAAAUUUUCCAACCAUUCAGGAAAAUAAGAGCGUAUGGCAAUCUACACGUAGAAUCAAUACUAAAUGGGCUCGAUGUAUUAGAUAUAGGUUGUGGAGGCGGUAUACUUACAGAAUCUCUAGCGAAAUACGGUUGUAAAGUAUUAGGAAUAGAUCCAAGCAGCGAACUUAUCAAAGCAGCAAAUAUACACAAAGAACAUUUUUCUAAACAUAACUUAAAAUUUGGACUAAAAGACAAUUACACUAAUCAUUUGGAAUAUAAAGUAUCAACUGUUCAAGAACAUUUGGAAUUGAAGCGUAAAUAUGACAUAGUAAUCGCAUCUGAAGUGAUAGAGCAUAUAGAAAACAAAGACAAGGAAUUAUUUUUGUAUCAUCUUUCAGAAUUAGUAAAACCAUCUGGUAUACUAGUUUUAACUAGUCCAGGAGCUAGCUUAAAAUCAUACAUAGUAAACAUUCUUUUGGCAGAACGAGUUUUUCACAAGGUACCAAAAAGUACGCACAAAUUUGAUCUCUUUAUAUCGGAUAGGGACUGCAUACGCAUAUUGAAAAAAUACAGUUUUGAAUUGGUCAAUAAACAAGGACUCCUUUAUUUGCCAUAUGUAAGGAGGUUUAUACCAAUAGGAAGCCGAGAUUUGUUGUAUAUGAUCGCAUUCAAAAAUUCUACUAAACAGAUCUAG